CACGGCUGAACGCCCACAGCCUCCCUCCGCCAAUCCGGAGAGCGCAGUCAGGUUAGGUUGCGCACAGGAGUCACGUGCGACUACAUCAAGUCACAUGAGGAUGAUGUUUUCGGAGACAUUGAACAGCCUGCCUAUAUGGGACAAAACCGCACUGAAUUGCGGCACAGCCUCCUUAUUUCGGCAAUCUUCGGUGAGUGGGAGGGGUCCCGCUGUCCCUUUGCCAGGCUUUGUUCUGUGUGCAGAUUCAAUGGAGCCUUCAGAAGAAGAUUCGCAGACUACUGCUGUACCGCCCCACGGCAUCUCCACAGAUUGUAGUACAGAGUCUCCGGAAGCAGGCGACCCCGGAGAGCUGAUGUUUGUGGAUGAGAAGGCUGUGGAGAAGCUGGCAGAUGGACUUAUCAGCCAUUACUUACCGGAGCUACAGAAUUCAAAGCUGGCCCUACAGGAACUGACACAAAAUCAAGUGAUAUUGCUAGACACACUUGAACAAGAAAUUGCAAAAUUCCGAGAGUGCAGUUCACUUCUUGAUAUCAGUUCCCUGUUUGCAGAAGCAAAACACUACCACACUAAAUUAGUAAAUAUAAGAAAAGAAAUGAUGGCGCUUCAUGAAAAAACGACCAAACUAAAGAAAAGAGCCCUGAAGCUGCAGCAGCAGAGACAGAAGGAGGCCCUGGAGAGGGAGCAGCAGAGGGAGAAGGAGCUGGAGAGGGAGAGACAGCUCAUCGCGAAGCCUGCGAAGCGCUCGUAGGCCAGGGGGGUGGUCUGCAGCUGAGGCUGUGGCCAGCAACGACGCCUGCCCUGCCGAACCCCAGAUGUUCUGUAUCUGGUUGAACAGAAGCUU